GCCUCGGCUAAUCGAGCGCUGUCGGAGGGAGCCCGGGGAGGGGAGGGGGGGGGAGAAGAAGAGGCUGCACCGGUGCCAUGACUGCCUGGCAGGCCGGGGGCGCAGCCUCAGAGGCUUCUGCCCCGCCGCUUUCCCCCGCGGGACCCCCGUGGACCUCUCCGCCUUUCGCGGCUCCGCGUUCGUAGCGCGAUUAUUUGCAAUAUUAGGAGUCCCUUUGCAGCCCGUCCCGUCGGGAACCUGCCCUUCUAAGCAGCUCCAUUGCCAGGCAGGAGUUCGUCGGGUAAAGCCCGACCUUGGCCAGGUCUCCAAGGCUCACCUGGGGAAUUUCUCCUGGCUCCCCCGCCGCCGCCGCGCCUGCAGACCGAGAAGGACCAGCCGGGUAAAGGAAGGCGGGCGCGGAAGGUAGGCAUGCCACAGGAGCUGCGGCCAUGAAGAAGACACACACCUCCCAAAUUGAAGUGAUCCCCUGCAAGAUCUGCGGAGACAAAUCUUCCGGGAUCCACUACGGGGUCAUCACUUGUGAAGGAUGCAAGGGCUUCUUCCGACGCAGCCAGCAAGGGAACGUGACCUAUUCUUGUACUCGGCAACAAAACUGUCCAAUCGACCGCACCAGUCGCAACCGCUGCCAACACUGUCGCCUGCAGAAAUGUCUCAGCCUCGGCAUGUCCCGUGACGCGGUCAAAUUUGGCCGGAUGUCCAAGAAGCAACGAGACAGCCUCCACGCCGAAGUCCAGAAACAGCUGCAGCAGCAACAACAUCAAGGCGGAGAGACUUCCACCUUCUCCUUGGGCAUGGCCAAUGGUCAACUCAAGCUGGACCCUUCUCCAGAUCUCCCAGAAGGCUCCCCUGCUCUCCUCACCAGACAGACCCGCCUUAGCCAGUCUCCGGAUGAGACGGUGGGCUUGGCCUACUCUAACGGACUCCCCAAGGCGCAGAGCCUCCUGGGUGAAGGCCAGCAGGACCUUUUCAAGAAAGGGUAUGGUCCUGGGGUCAUCAAGGUAGAACCCAGGACCAGCGUCUAUUGCGCUAUGGAGACGCAGGCGUCACCAGACCUCACGUCCCCAAAUGUCAGCAGAGUGGAACGGACAGCAGUCAGCGAGACCCUUGACUUCUACGCCAAUCCAAGUUUCACCAGCUUCUUGGAGUGCCCACGCCCUUCACUGAUGGAAAUUGAGCACUUGACCCAGAAUGUCCUCAAGUCUUAUCGGGAGACCUGUCAGCUCCGCUUGGAAGACCUCCAGCUGCUGAGGUGGGAGACCUUCACCCGAGAAGAAAUUGGGAGCUACCAGAAGAAGACUAUGGAGGAGAUGUGGGAACGUUGCGCCUGCCGCAUCACAGAAGCCAUCCAGUACGUGGUGGAGUUCGCCAAGCGAAUGGGGGCCUUCAUGGACCUCUGCCAGAACGACCAGAUCGUGCUUCUCAAAGCAGGUGCCAUGGAGGUCGUUCUGGUGAGGAUGUGCCGAGCCUUCAAUUCUGAGAACAGGACAGUCUUCUUUGAGGGCAAAUACGCUGGCCCAGAAGUCUUCAAAUCUCUGGGUUGCAGCGAACUGAUCAACUCCAUCUUCGACUUUACACACAGCCUCUGUUCGCUCCAUUUCUCCGAGAACGAAAUUGCUCUUUUCACAGCCCUGGUGUUGAUCAACUCAAAUCGCCCGUGGCUGCAAGAGAGAAGCAAGGUGGCCUACUUGCAAAAUAACCUUGAAGUGGCCUUCAAACAGAUGCUGCAGAAAAAUCACCGGGAAGGCAUUUUGGCAAAAUUGCCACCCAAAGGGAAGUUGCGAAAUCUCUGUUCCCAGCACGUGGAGAAGCUCCGUUCCUUUCGCCAGAUGUACCCCAUGGUCGUCCACGCGGUUUUCCCACCGCUGUACAAAGAGCUCUUCGGUUCGGACUCUGACCCACUGAUCCAGGGGCCCACAGGGGAGUAAAACCCCCCCCCCGUCUCCCCACAAGCUGAGGACAGAUCAGGCGUCGCCUCCCGGUCGCUGGAAGCCAGGUGCAAAAGGAAGAAUCGGAUCGAGGGAAGCCGUCAACAAGAGGGCGGGCAGGAUGAGGAGUUGGUGAUUGCUCGUCUUGUCCUCAUUUGGGGGGCAUCCCGCUUCUUCCUGGAUGAAAAACAGGCCAGGGUCUCCUGUCCCCCCCCCCCUCAGAAGGAUCCUUCAAAGUGCUCCCGUUUACGUUAAGGGUUUAGCUGCCACGGAGGCAAGAAGCAAUAAGGGGGGGGAAAUUAUGCGACACAGACAAAUCCACCAUGAUACGGUUUCGUGGGAAGGCAACGUCGGAUGUCGCUGCCAGUUUUGGGCAAACCCUCCCCCCCCCUCCAAAAAAAAUACCUCAUUUGUGCUGUUUUAACGGCAAGAGACUCGGCCAAGUUCAAAAGAAAUUUAUAUAUUGUAUGCAUCGAUAGAGAGAGAGAGAGAUGGACAGAUGCGGUUCUCUAAGAUAAGAUUUUAUUUUUCUGCUAAGUUCUGUAUUUGAUAACCAAGGAAUCCCUGUCUGUUGUUUUUCCCCCUUUCUUUCUCUUUGCGCUGUCACUUCGCCAGCUGGCCUCAACCUCUGCACUUGUGCAAAAGUGUGUUUGUCAGGAUACAUCUCAGCACCUUAGAACCUGCUUUGGAGUGACAAUCCAGAAACCAAAUUAGUUGGUUUGGCUUAUUAGCAAUUUCCCCAAAGCCAGCAUAGUUUCCUUCGGCGAUAGCAGCAGUAAUAAAGUUUCCAGAACGCAUAGAGCUUUCAGGAGCAUCUGUAUUGAAUGUAUUUCCUGGUUACAGGUAGUCCUCGACUUACAGUAGUUCACUUAGUGACCGUUCAAAGUUACAAGCGACUUACGACCUUUUUCAUACUGAACAAUCUUUGUAGCGUUCCCCAGGAUCACGCGAUUUAUAUUCGGAAGCUUGGCAUCCGGUUCAUAUUUAUGACGAUCACAGCAUCCCAGGGUCAUGUGAUCGUCAUGUGACCUUCUGACAGGAAAUAUCAAUGGGGGAAAGUCGGAUUCACUCAACGACCGUGUUACUAAUUUCACAACGGCAGCUAAUUUCGCUUUAACAGCCGUGGUGAGAAAAAAAAAGUCAUAAAAUGGGGUUAAACUCGCUUAACAAAUUUCUCCCUUAGCAGCAUAAAUUCUGGACUCGCUCCUGGUCCCGUAAGUCAAGGACAACCUGUAUUAGAGAAUCUCUUUUCGGAUUGUUACGAUCCACGCUUCCCUUUAGAAGCGUGGAUCGUAACAAUCCACGCAUCUAAAGUUUUGGAAAAGCUAAUUUUGCGCCUUCCCAGACAUAAAAUGACAACAAAAUGUGCAUUUUAUCGGCAGGAUCUGUUCGAAUCUCAGGAUGUCUAUAGAAUAUCUGUAUCUCUUUGGAAGAUAUAUUUCGGAGGUCAAUUUUAGGAAGCUAAAAGAGAGGAGGUGGGGGAAAUGGAUCUGUCAUGGAGAAGUCGGGCAUAAGCCACCAAUCCUUGCCAGUUUAGCAGCCUAGCAUUCAGACUAGCAUUGGGUUGGUGUAGAAAUGGAAUUCAUUUACCUUCCCUACCGGGUCGCAGCCUUCUGCGCAUGUGCAGUAGUCGUGCAUUACAUCCAGGUGGGUGGACAGAGCCUCCUGAAGUCGCCGCUACAGGUUCGCGCGAUCCGGACAGAACCGGCUGAAUCCCACCACUGGGUUGAUGGCUUUGGCCCGACUUUUCUGCUAAAAAAAACUGCACCAUGUGGGAAUUGACAGGACGACAAUCCUGGACAAACCGCAAGACAAUCCGUAUCAGUCUGACAUUUAAAAACCUUGCAGACGGUUCGGCUUGCAAAAUUGAAUUUAAGCUGCUCUUAGCUUUUCCGUCAAGAGCUUUUCCAGGUGAUGCCACUCGCCAUUUGCACAGAAAAAUCCACUACGUUGCAUCGGAUGUACGUGGACGUAACUCGAGCCCUUUUUCUAUUCUUCUAAUCUUUUCCUUGGGUUUAAAAAAAAAAAUGGUGAAAUAUUUAAAGAACGGGGAUGGGGAAGGGAAGCUUUGUAAAUACAGGUUGAAAAAGUUUUAUUUUUUUUAAGCUAAGAGUAGAGAAGUUGGUCUUUAGAAAGCGUACGGUGGGAACUGUUUAGUAUCCUUUUUAAUUUAAUUAAACCACGGUGCAUAUUGG